UCGGUUACGCCGGGCCUGCAUCGAUUCAGCCCAUCAGCGAAUUCGUAAAAGAGAAAUCGAUUCAAGCGUGGACGAUGUCAGAAUGGGUGUUCAAAGAACACCAAGGUUACAUUUAAAAAAAAUACAAUACAGAACCACGAAUUAUAAAUACGAAUCGAGUGAAAUAUCGCAAGAUACUUUUGAUUGAUAUCUAGGCAAUGGAUUAGCCCCUGCGAUUCAAUCUGUUGACAACGGUCCUGAAUCACGAUUCGAUUAAAACAAAUAUGUUCCCUUCAAGGUAUCCUGCUAGUAAUCCCUGCGAUAUCUGUGCGGUCCGUCCCGUGUGCUCUGUCGCGUAGGCUUAGAACAAUCCCCCCCCCCCCCCCCCCGUGUAAACUCCGCAAAGCUAUGGUGCGAUAUUAAGAAAACAAAAUCGAAUUGUGCUGCUCCCGAGUCGACUUGCGUAAUCGAUAGAAUCGAGAGCGCCGUGUGUGUGUGUGAACCCAUCCGUCCGUUGGCCGUUCGCCUCGAUCGUCGAUCAACUUUUUCUCGAGCCACAGUUGCAACCAACCAACCAACCUUCGUCGUCAUCAUCCUGCAACUUCGUCAAACAGCAAGUCGGUAAAUGGCGACAGCUUUAUAAUCCCUGCAGCUGCCUUGAAUGAAGCUUUGCAUGUUCGCAUGUCGUUGGUUUGCUACGAAGAGAGACGAUGUCGCUCUUCUCGCUGGAGCUGCUGGUGGAGCUCAUGGUGCUGGACGCGUCGCGGGCUCCGUGCGUCUCUCCCGGCGUGGCGCUGCGCCUCCUCGACUUCCCCACGCUGUUGGUGUACGCGGCUGGCAAAGAGAACGACAACAGCAUCGCCAUCACCAACAGCAGCAGCAGCAACGUGAAGGAGUUCCACUUUGGCAGGGGCAAGUCCUGCCUCUUCAAGAUGUGCCCGCACUCUCUGCGUGCCCACUUGUCCACAGCGCCCCUGUACGCCAUGGUGGUUGAUGUGUGCGGCGGUGGCGAUCGCCCGGCCACGCCAGCCCCACCCGGGCGGGCACCCGGGAGGCGGACGGACCCGGGGACGGGAGGGGCGCACGCCGAGGCCGCGGACGAGAGGCCGCUCGCGCCGUUGCCCCGCCUGGUAGCCACCGCGUCGGUGUCCCUGGCUGGUGCCGUGGACCAAGCACACGGCGGCAAGAGAGGGGUGUACGACCUGCGAGACCUCAUGGGCAGUGCCGUCGGCCGCCUGCAUUUGGCUUUCAGGCUGCUGGACCUGGGGCGCUCGAGUCUGCUGCCACACCUGGGACAACACCUGGAGCCACGCCUGGGACCACACGUGGCCCUCUCCGAGACCACCUCGUGGGUGGUGAACGGGGGUCCGGCCACUGCGAGUUGGAGCGCCGCUGGCCUGGUCUCCACUGCGGACGGGGUCGGGGUGGCCAGCAAGCCGGUGGCGAUUCCUCGGGGACGAGGCCACGUGGAGGUGACCUCUGCAGAGGAUAACGACACGGCUGUGAUAAUGAAGAGGGCAUCUGCCGGUGCCGAGGGAGAUGGGGAUGUUCACAACAGGGGCGACGUGGUGGUCGUUUCCACCGUGGAUCCCGCAGCCAAGUUCAAAGUGCGUCCUGGGUCGCAGGACCAGCUUAAACCGACCCAGCAGCAGAAAGCGAGGGCAUCGGAUGAAGAAGAUGAAGUGUUGACUGAGAGCGGCCUUGUGGAUAAUGUGUUUUGCCCUCCUCCCCUUUUUUACAGUCAUUCGACCGAUGAUUGUCAAGAAAUCGAUGGUGGUAAUGUGGAACAGGCAUAUUUGGAGGAGCUGCCACAGGCAGCUGUGAUUGAUGAAGGUGAUGUUGAAGAUGUCUCUGUGGAGGUUGGGCCACCAAUGGGACCAGUUGAAAAGGAGAGUAAUGAAGCUGCCUCUGUCCCCCAGAAACCGAACCCCUCCGCUAGGGCCAGAGUUCCGGUGUCCCAGAGAGAAAGCGCCGGUGCAGUUGGCAGUGCUCUAAGUCAGUUGCCUCUGUUGAGUGCUCUGCUGACUGAACUGGCCUUGCUAAACGGCCAAGGUGGACAGCUGGGCAACCUUACAAAUGUACAGCAGGGAUUUCAGAGGCUUGGUCAGCAGAGGGACACUGAACUCGUGCACACGGGGCGCCAGAGAGCGCGCCAACAUUCCCCAGUCGCGGCCAACAACAGGCAAUUGUCGACGGAGGGUCGACGGUCCAUUACACCCACGCGGCAAGGGAGACCGAAAUCUGUUUCUCCAAAGCCGAAAGCCAGUGCCAAAGUAAAAAUGCAGCGUGGCGUUAAGGAGCGGGAAAAGUGCAACCAGCCACCCGAGGUGAAGAAAAAGAAGCUCAUGUACGGGAUUACGAACACCCUCCGACUGCGUUUGCAGAAGACCAACCCCGACCUCCUUUUGAAGCAGGAGAGAAUGGAGGCGCAACGGAAGCGAGAGAUGGAACGCCUCAAGCCCAAAGCUGGGAAGUUCGGAAUAUCGGGCCCAAAGGGAAGGUCUGGAAAGAAAUCAAAGCAACCCCAUCGCCAAAGCACACCCAUCGAUGAGUACGUAGAAACAUUAAUAGAAAGCAGCCUGGAUGUGGAUUCCCCUCGUUCAGAAAAAGAGUUUCUCAAACUUUCUACGCCAGUGCCCGUCGCCAGAGCACGUCUGGAGAAGAUAGCCGAAGUGGACAGCAGUUCAGGCCACACAUGGAGCCACCAUGAGCCACCGCCGCCAUUAGAUUCUUCAUUAAAGGACUUGGAGGAGCCUAUCUUUGAUGCCCAGCCUUUGUCAAUUAGAGACCUUGAGGUGAAGGGACCAGGUGGUGCAUUAUCCGUGCGACUACCUAGGGCACCAUCACAUCACUCACAGCCCAGUUGGAAUAGUGAUGAUGAUGAUGAUGAAUUUGAACAUGGUUAUGAGUUUGAGGUUGAUAUUCCCCCUGCAGUUGUAGGGAGGAUGGCGCCAGAGGAGCAGUCUUCUAACCGAGAGUGGGGUGAUCGGGAGAGAGAGAGUCCUGUAAAGUACAGUGACGACUACGCCAGCGGCCACGACCCCCACUACUCCGAAGACUUUGCUUCAAGUCCAGAACCCACCAGCCGACAAUCAAGUGCAUUUAAGAGCAGCCCAGAGCCACAUGCACUUUCCCGCGCACCAGAAUCCGACGCAGACUCCACUUCUACAGAGUCCGAUCACAAUGUUGUUCCAAAGAAGUCAAAAAAUGUAUUGCGAGAGACAUUCGCCGUGAAGAAAUUCCAAGAGGUUUCGGAAAGUUUAGAGGACGAACAACCUGUUGAGGAAAAGGGGAGAGGCAGAUCAGUAGUUCGUGAGGAUUCGUCCGAUUCGGAUCGGUCUGGCCUGUCGGAUCGCUCCACUGGCCGAUGGAAAGGAAGCCAAAUGGGUCACAAGUUUGUAGGUGCAGUGCCAUCGGUGAAACCCGCUGUCAGCCCCAGGGUGGCCUUGCUUCGGAAGAUAUCGACACUGGAGAGCUCUUCUCUAGAAGAGAGUCAAUCACUCCGCACUUCUCAGGUGAGCUCAUACGUUCCCUCCAACCUAUCGGACCUGGAGAUGUCGAACCCAAGUGCCCUGCAAGAGGGAGGGCGAUUGAGCAGCCUCGACACUGUGGAUGAGAACCUCCCAAAGGCAAUCUCUGAGCUCAAGUUGGCUACCAAGCUUCCUGGGUACACCAUGUGAAAAGAAGGGCCUGCAUUUCAUUCCCGAAAGAACUACGCUGCUAUUCUGGUGUUUAUAUUGUUCCAUCGAACGUCAACUGUGGACUCGGUGUAUAUUACAACUACACUUGUAUUUUGAUUUAAAGCUUUCGUGACUGCAGGGAUUCAUAUUCUUGGUUCUUUCGGUAAAGUCACGUAGAAGGGAAACAAAAUAAUAAAAAUAUAAAAAAUAUUUUAUAUUUCUAUUAUUUUAUUGUUUCCCUUGAUGAGUACAAUGCGUUGAUAAGAGGGCGUUUUGUCAAAUUGUCUUCAACACAUUUAAAAAUAUUUAUUAUUUUAUUGUUUCCCUUCUACGUGACUUUACCAAAAGAACCAAGAAUAUAACUACACUUAUCAUUGGUCUUGGUAUGGGAGGACAGUACCAGAGAUGAGUACAAUGCGUUGAUAAGAGGGCGUUAUGUCAAAUUGUCUUCAACACAUUUAAAAUAUGAUUUUGAUUAUCCGCUAUGUUACAUUAACAGGAUUCAUUUAUCGUAGCAUUCAAAUAUGGUAAUCUUUUUGUCUGUGAAUGUGCCACUUAUUUGGAUAGCUCAUCCGCGGCAAUUUGAAUUAACUGGAUCGGCUGUAUCAAGUGUACAAUCAGAGUUGCAGACAAAAGUGAUGCGGAUAAAUGUACCGUAGUUUUGGAUUGAGAAAAACAGAAAAAUAGCCUUUUAUAUGAUGGCAACAAGAUAAUUGAUGUUUGUGUGCGUGUGGUGUUUGUAUUAAUUAAUCUUGUUUGGUUUUUAUAUUUACCAUCCAUCAACACUAAUUUAUUAAAAUGUAUUCUAAGAACAAUUCCUUGCGUGAGAUAUAAUGUAUUUUCAUAUGUUAAUAAAAGGCAGCUUGUCAGACCCUA